AUGGCGCAGCUGCUUCUGCCACCGGGACCAGACAGUUUCCGUCGGUUCACCCGCGAAUCCCUGCGCGCCAUCGAGAAGCGCAUCAGCGAAGAGGGCCCCAAGAAGCCCAAGGAGAAGCGCAAAGAUGACGAGAACAGGCCCAGGCCCAACCGGGACCUGGAGGCGGGCAAGAUCCUGCCCUUCAUCUACGGGGAUGUGCCCGCCGGCCUGGUGUCCACACCACUGGAGGACAUGGACCCCUUUUACAACAAACAGAAAACCUUUAUAGUAUUGAACAAAGGAAAGGCAAUCUUCCGCUUCAAUGCCACCCGGGCCUUGUACAUUUUAAGCCCCUUCAACCCCAUCAGGAAAUUAGCUAUUAAAAUUUUGGUGCAUCGGUGGUUUAGCAUGUUGAUCAUGUGUACCAUUAUAACCAACUGUGGAUUUAUGACACAAUCAAGUCCAACUCCAGAUUGGGCAAAGAACGUAGAGUACACUUUCACAGGGAUAUACACGUUUGAGUCGCUAAUUAAGAUUCUAGCGCGUGGCUUCUGUGUGGGCAAGUUUACCUUCCUCAGAGACCCAUGGAACUGGCUCGACUUCUGUGUCAUUGUCAUGGCGUAUGUAACAGAGUUUGUAAACCUAGGCAAUGUUUCAGCUCUCCGCACGUUCAGAGUACUGAGGGCUUUGAAAACUAUUUCAGUGAUCCCAGGUCUGAAGACCAUUGUAGGUGCACUCAUACAAUCGGUGAAGAAGUUGGGAGAUGUCAUGAUCCUCACUGUGUUUUGCUUAAGUGUCUUUGCUCUCAUCGGCCUUCAGCUCUUCAUGGGCAAUCUAAAGCACAAAUGUGUGAGAAUGCCAAACCCUUUAAACAGAACAGAAUCAAAAGACUUCAUUAAAAGUAAUAUUACUUAUCGUGACGACAAAGAAAACCACUACUUCCUGAAGGAUCAGAUUGAUGCCUUGCUAUGUGGCCUCAGUAGUGAUGCCGGGCAGUGCCCGGAGGGAUAUCUAUGCUAUAAAGCAGGAGAGAAUCCAGACUAUGGGUACACCAGCUUCGACACGUUUGGCUGGGCCUUCCUGUCCCUGUUCAGGCUGAUGACCCAGGACUACUGGGAACGUCUCUAUCAGCAGACUCUGAGGGCCGUAGGGAAGCCCUACAUGGUCUUCUUUGUGCUGGUCAUCUUCCUGGGCUCCUUCUACCUGGUGAACUUGAUCCUGGCUGUGGUGGCCAUGGCCUAUGACGAGCAGAACCAGGCCACCAUCCUGGAGGAAGAGGAGAAGGAGCUGGAGUUUCAGAUCAUGCUGGAGCAGCUCAAAAUGCAACAGGAAGAGAGCAUGGUACAUGACGCGGCGGACCCGACCGAGGGCCAAUCAGAGGCCUCCUCGGAUGGCUCCAGGCUCAGCUCCAAGAGCGCCAAGGAGAGACGUAACCACAGGAAGCGCAUGCAGAGGCUGGAUGGGGAGAGGGGCGGGAGCGAGCGCUCGCACAACUCUGAGUCGGAGGAGGGCAACAAAAGGCCCUCUCUCCGUUUCUUUGACGCCAAUCGGCUCUCUUAUAAAGACCGAUAUUCAUCUCAACGCCAGUCGAUCCUGAGUAUCCGAAGCAUUCUCACACCUAGACGGAACAGCCGAACAAGUGUGUUCAGUUUCCGUGGUGGAGUGGGUGACGAAACCAAUUUUGCAGACGAUGAGUAUAGCCCUUUCGACACGGGCAGCCGACGCGGCUCUGUGUUCCUGCCACAGAGGCCCCGUUUCGGCCAUCGGCACGUGAGCCAGGGCAGCACCUCCUCCCACAUCUUCCAGCCAUCCAAUGGAAAGAUCCGUGGCUCCGUGGAGCACAACGUGAUUGGCUCCCUCACGGACGGGGGCUCAGCCCCUUCUUCCCCUGCCCACCUUCGACUGCCAGUGGGUUCUCCAGGCAGUGGUUCCUUCAGAAAAAUGCGAUUUGGCUCAAACUCUGCGGACUAUCUGGAUGACCUGGCACUGAGGCAAAGAGCCUUGAGUGUGACAAGCUUCAUCUCCACAGUGGAAGAACUCGAAGAGGCAAGACGGAAGUGCCAUCCAUGUUGGUACGAGCUUGCCAGAACUCUGUUAAUCUGGGACUGUCCUCAAUGGGCAAAGAUCAAAAAGUCAGUUGCCCUAAUUGUGAUGGAUCCCUUUGCUGAUCUGUCUAUUACCAUCUGUAUUGUGCUCAAUACAAUAUUUAUGUCCAUGGAGCAAAACCCCAGCCCUCCUCAGUUAACCAAAACCCUUCUUGUAGGAAAUCAGGUCUUCACAGCUAUCUUCACUGGGGAAAUGGUUCUGAAGAUUAUAGCCAUGGAUCCAUUCUAUUAUUUUCAAGAGAGGUGGAAUAUAUUUGACAGUGUUAUCGUCAUUUUGAGCUUGAUAGAACUUGGCAUGACUACUUCAUCCAUGUCCAUCCUCAGGUCCUUUAGAUUGCUGCGGAUCUUUAAGCUGGCCAAGUCGUGGCCCACCCUUAACAUGCUGAUAAAGAUCAUUGGCAACUCGGUGGGUGCCCUGGGCAACCUGACCCUGGUGCUCGCCAUCAUCGUCUUCAUCUUUGCCGUGGUGGGCAUGCAGCUGUUUGGCAAGAGCUACCACAACUUCUACUGCCAGCCGGAGGACAAGUGUCGGCUGCCCCGCUGGCACAUGUACGACUUUCCCCACUCGUUCCUGGUGGUCUUCCGAGUGCUGUGCGGCGAGUGGAUCGAGACCAUGUGGGACUGCAUGCGGGUCAACGAGCCGUCCAUGUGUCUCGUCGUCUUCAUGAUGGUUAUGGUCAUCGGAAACUUGGUGGUUCUCAACCUCUUCCUUGCCCUGUUGCUGAGCUCAUUCAGCGCUGAUAACCUGUCAGCCGUCGAGGAUGACGGCGAAGCCAACAACAUCCAGAUCGCCAUGGUGCGGAUACACAAGGGCAUCGCCUGGGUCAAGCUGACCGUGCUGGGCUUCUUCCGGAACCUCUGCGUGAGGAAGAAGAAGCCCAAGAAGGUGGGCUCGGUCAACUCCGUCAAGUCUCGGAAUGACAUCCCCAAAGACAACGGCAUCUACAUCUCCAAUUGCACCGUGGAGUUCAUCAAAGACCUGGACUGCAUCAAAGAGGGCCACGAUGUGGCUGACGGCCUCAAUGACACGGCGGAGAACUUCGUCCACUCCAAUGACCUCUCCAACGAGGUCUACUCUUUCGUCAGCAAUCCAGAUAUAACAGUGUCCGUGCCUCUGGCGGCGUGUGAAUCGGACUUUGAGAACCUCAACACAGAGGACUUCAGUAGUCUCUCCUCUGACAAAGAAUACAUCAAUGAGAAAAUAGAGGAUGAUGAUGAUCAGAUCAGUUCUUCGGAGGGUAGCACGGUGGACAUCAGAAUUAAUAACGGAGACUCAAUGGACUUUGAGAUGGAUGAAUCAAUGGACCCUGAAGCUUGUUUCACAGCAGGUUGUGUCCAGAGGUUUCGAUGCUGUCGUGUGGACAUCGAGAAAGGGUUCUGGAAGUCGUGGUGGAUCUUGAGAAAGACCUGCUAUAGAAUUGUGGAACACAACUGGUUUGAAAGCUUCAUCAUCUUCAUGAUAAUGCUAAGCAGCGGGGCUCUUGCAUUUGAAGACAUCCAUAUGGUCCAAAGAAAGACAAUCAAGGAGAUCCUGGAAUACGCGGACAUAGUAUUCACUUAUGUGUUCAUCUUAGAGAUGUUGCUAAAGUGGGUGGCCUAUGGAUUUGCCAAAUACUUUACCAACUACUGGUGCUGGCUGGACUUCAUUAUUGUUGAUAUCUCCAUAAUCAGCAUGGUGGCCAAAGCCCUGAAGUAUAACCAAGGGGCCAUCAAGUCCCUCAGGACACUCAGGUGCCUGCGACCCCUCAGGGCCAUGUCACGCUUCGAAGGCAUGCGGGUGGUGGUGAAUGCUCUGCUCGGAGCCAUUCCGUCCAUCUUCAAUGUCCUGCUGGUCUGCCUUAUAUUCUGGCUCAUUUUCAGUAUCAUGGGAGUCAAUUUCUUUGCCGGAAAAUACCAUUUUUGUGCCAACCUCACCACGGGAGAUAAGUUCAAAAGUUACGAAGUCGCCAACAUCUCCAUCUGCAAUGUAACGGAAGGUGCUAUUUGGAAGAACCAGAAAAUUAACUUUGACAAUGUGGCGGCUGGAUACCUGGCCCUGUUGCAAGUGGCAACAUAUAAAGGGUGGAUGACGAUAAUGUAUUCUGCAGUAGACUCACGUAACGUGGGCGACCAGCCUGUAUAUGAAAGAAACAUGAUGGCUUACGUCUACUUCGUGGUGUUCAUCAUAUUCGGAUCGUUCUUCACCCUCAAUCUCUUCAUCGGUGUCAUUAUAGACAACUUCAACCAGCAGAAGAAAAAGUUUGGAGGUCAGGAUAUCUUCAUGACGGAGGAGCAGAAGAAGUAUUAUAACGCCAUGAAGAAGCUUGGAUCCAAGAAGCCCCAAAAGCCCAUACCCAGACCUUCAAACAAGAUACAGGGACUUGUUUUUGACCUUAUCACCAGGCAGGCCUUUGAUAUCUUGAUCAUGGUUCUCAUAUGCCUUAACAUGGUGACAAUGAUGGUGGAGACUGCAGACCAACCAAAAAGCAAGGAGAAUAUCCUUUACUGGAUUAACUUGGUGUUCAUCGUACUCUUCACCUCCGAAUGUGUGUUGAAGAUGUUUGCCCUUCGACAUUACUUUUUUACCAUCAGCUGGAACGUGUUUGACUUCAUAGUUGUCAUUCUCUCCAUCGUGGGUAUGUUUCUCGCAGAGGUCAUCGAACAGUACUUCUUCUCACCGACCUUGUUCAGAGUCAUCCGUCUUGCCAGGAUCGGCCGCAUCCUCCGGCUCAUCAAGAGUGCCAAGGGCAUCCGCACGCUCCUGUUCGCCCUGAUGAUGUCACUCCCUGCCCUCUUCAACAUCGGCCUGCUGCUCUUCCUUGUGAUGUUCAUCUACGCCAUCCUGGGCAUGUCCUUCUUCGCCUACGUCAAGAAGGAGGACGGCAUCGACGACAUGUUCAACUUCGAGACCUUUGGCAACAGCAUGAUCUGCCUCUUCCAGAUCACCACGUCGGCCGGCUGGGACGGCCUGCUGUCGCCCAUGCUCAACAGGCCGCCCGACUGCAAUGAAACCAUCGAGUACCCCGGCAGCCAGCACAAGGGCGACUGUGGCAACCCGCCGCUGGGCAUCGCCUACUUCGUCAGCUACGUCAUCAUCUGCUUCCUGAUCGUGAUCAACAUGUACAUCGCCGUCAUCCUGGAGAACUUCAGCGUGGCCACGGAGGAGAGCGCCGAGCCGCUGGGCGAGGACGACUUUGAGAUGUUCUACGAGGUGUGGGAGAAGUUCGACCCCAAGGCCUCGCAGUUCAUCACCUACGAGAGGCUGUCGGACUUUGCCGACACGCUGGACCCGCCCUUGCGCAUAGCCAAGCCCAACAUGGUGGCGCUGAUCAGCAUGGACCUGCCCAUGGUGAGCGGAGAGCGCAUCCACUGCCUGGAUAUUCUGUUUGCCUUCACCAAGCGCGUGCUGGGCGAGGGCGGGGAGCUGGACAUGCUGCGGGGCCAGAUGGAAGAGCGCUUCAUGGCCUCCAACCCGUCCAAGGUGUCCUACGAGCCCAUCACCACCACGCUGCGACGCAAGCAGGAGUUUGUGGCGGUCGUGCUCAUCCAGAGGACCUUCAGGCGCUACCUGAUCCGCCGGACUGUCAAGAAGGGCUCCAGCAUUUUUAAUUUCCGUGACAGCGACGAAGAGGCGGAGGAGAAGGCUCCACCUGAGGAGAAAGGCUCCGAGGAGAAACUGGCGAAUGAGCUCAAGCCGGUAGACAAGGGCUCGGGCAGGAGAGAUUCUUCCACUGUGUCUCCAGAGUCCUGCAACAGCUCGGGAACGGGAACGGAAAAACACAAGUACCAGAAAGACAAGAGGGAGAAGGAAGUCAAAUGUAAAGACAAUAAUCAGAAGGAUGAAGAGAGGGACAUUAAAUCCAAGGACAAUAAUCAGAAGAGUGAGGAGAAGAAGUGACACCACAUGCCUUUGAUUUAGUGGAUAAUAGUUCACUGCCCUUGAAUGUAGCCCAUUGUCUAAGCUCCCUUCCAGCUCUUGGAUGUCUGUGUCUUACCAACAGCACCUGUGGAGUACCACAGUUUAGGCUGACCGCUAUUGGUAUUCCUACACAUUUCUGGCGGAUGAUCAAUUGCCUGGCCAGACGAUGUAACCGUGGGACAUAAUGAGGUGCCCAAAGUGCACGUGACGUCAGCAAACUGUCAAGUGCAGCCGCUCUCAGACAUCUAUGCUGCAACUGGUGUGUACCUUUGGAAAUGCUGUAGCAAAAAAAAGAAUAUGUCAUGAACGUUUUCUAUCUGUUUUGACAGUGUUUCAAUCAAGUAUCCAUUAUGUGGACACCAACACAACUGUUCUUUAAUAGAGGAAAUGUGUUUUAUUUUAAGUUAAAAAUGAAUUCAACUCCUGAAAGCACAACCUGUGCACCGGUUUUGAAAAUGUGAGGGAUGAAACAUCUUGGAAUUUGUGGGUUCAUCAUGAAUGCCCAAAGCAAAUCAAACAGAAGACGUGCAAGGGGAAAAACUUAAAACAUUGCAGAUGAUCAACGGUACGCCAUGUGAGGGAGAGUUGAACGGCUUGAGGCACUGCUAUAAGCAAUGGCAAAGGAUUUCAGGCCUUCUGUGUGCACUGCAGUUGAAAAUUGCCCUAAAUUUAGGUAAACCCUACAAGAACAUGUUCUGAACAAUGGCCCACUUGAUGCUAAUCCAUAGUCAACUCAUAGGAAGAGUGAUUAUCUACUGUAUGCACCCUGUCUAUGCAGUCUGAUUCUGAGGCAGUUUUGGUCUUUCCACAAUCACUGCUACCAUUUUGAGAGCACAUAGUGGGCAUUUCUGCUUUCUCACAUUCAAAAUGUGUGUCUGAGGUUUGAGGCUCUUCCUUGUAUGGUCUUUUAACCCCCAAAAAUUGUUUUCAAGUGCAAAACCAGUCAUAGUUACUAAGUGUUGGGCAGUUUACAAUUUGUACCAGAAGACUAGACAAAUAGGAUUUAUAAUUUUACCACAUACACAGGAGACCUGGACAACUGUGUUUACUUCAAGGUCUCUGUCUCAGAAAAGCACUUAUUGCACAAACACAUAGCUGAAAUGUAACAAUGUGGUGGUGGGCUUUUGGUUUCAUGGAAAGGCAACAAAAUAUGUAGCUUUAUCGGUGAAUUGCUGUCACGUAUGAAUUAGGGUACACUAUUUCAAUUAACUUUCUUGUCAUACUGUACAACUUGUAAGAUGUAUUGUGUUAAUAAUGUAAUUUUAUUCCUUUAAUGUUCAUAAUGUAUGAUAUUGUCUUAUGUGCACGUUUGAAUUUGUUGGAACUGGUUUUGAUGAUUUUGUCUCUACUAUAACAUUGUAAUAUUCCCAUUUUUGUCUUUUUUAUUAUUGACUUUUAAAUAUUUAUAUUUAAAAGUAUAUUUGCACAGUCAGCAUCACAACCUAAACUGCCAUUUCAUCAAGCUACUUCCUCAAGUGAUCCAGAUAAGAUAUGUAUAAAUUAAAUGCUAUUAUUAUUAUUAUUAUUAUUAUUAUUAUUAUUAUUAUUAUUAUUAUUCGGAAUACUGCAAAAUUUCUGAAUUACAGAUCAGAUUUAGCGUGACUUUGGCAGUGAGCGGGGCAGUGCAUGGAAUGCAUAGAAUUGAACACAUCUUUCACGGGCACGUUUGUUUACAUUUUUAUACGUGUAGGUUUUUUUUUCAUCUUGUCCUUUUCCUCUUUUCUGUGAUCCUUCUGCCGAGACCACACAACAGAUAUAUACCAAAGGUCACACUGAGUCAUUAUGCAUGUAACAAAACAAAGCAUUUAUACAGUAUGUAUAUAAUUUCAAGCCUGCAGUACAUGACAUGUAUGUGCAUGUGAUAUAUUUACAAGUUAUGAAUGUUCGGGUUGCACAGACACACUCCCAUCUUUUAUAUAAUGUACGCAUUGCUGUAGCAUAUAAAGGGACUGCAUGCACCAGAUACUGUGUUUUUUAAAAGCCAAAAGAAUAAAGAUGCCAUGUACCUCA